CGCGCGGUUCCUGAGCGAGCACAUUUUUCGGCGCCGAUUCAAAAUGGCGGCGCAAAAUGAAGGAAUUUGGCGGCCCUACAAGGACCUGCUCGAGAUCGUCGAACGAGCCGUUUAUCGAAAACGUCCCGAAUAUCAACACGAUCUUGAAGUCGCGCUUAAAAAAUCUAAGCCUGAUUUCUUGACUUUAUUGAAUAAUCCUGCAAAAAAUCCAGUACACAGAAAUGAAAUCAAGCAAGCCUCUACUACAGGAAUCUACCUUCAUGGUCAACAAGAGAAACAAAAGCUUCCAGAACAAUUCAUUCAAGAAUCACUUAUCUUAAGUGACAUUCUUGACCUGAAUGAGUAUGUUUGCACUGAGCUUUUGUUAGCAGGUGAACAACAGCAGCCAAAUUUUCCAGGAAUGACGCGUGGUCUAGUGGCUGUACUUCUAUACCAUGAUGGUCGCCGUUGUCUUAUCAGUGCUCUAAAGAUACUAAUGCAGUCAAGAGAUGGUAUCACAUGGACACUUGGUUUGAAUGAAGAUUUGAGUCAAUUGAUUACUGGGUAUACUGAACAGCUUCUUGAAGAAGGCUUAGUUAACACAAUACUAAAGCAGCUGGAAAGCCUCAGUAUCCAAUCAGAACUUGAAAAGCUUCAAAAAGGUCAAGCAAUAGGAGAUGAACGGCACAAAAGACAGCUGAUUGAUUUCAUAACUGACCAGCGUCAACUUCUUGCCGAGUGCCUGUUUUGUGCCGCAUGUCAAUCAACGUUAUCAAGAAGUGACACUCUGCAGUUGAUAUCGUAUUUGAAGAAGUGUCCAGCAACAGAAGCUGAUGGAACUCUUGAUAGUGUCACCUUGACUCUCCUGAUGGCCAUGUUGUAUUGCUUUAACGUGGAUCCUUUGGAUGACGGAAGUGAGAUGCAAACAUCUUUUAGUGAGGAUGCCCUCCCACUAUUAUCAGACCAGAAUUUCAUCCCAGAUGUUCAUCAGGAACUGUGCCGCACAGAGGGAUGGGUCAAUCAAGGUUUACUUGCCACAACUCAGUUUGCAUGGUCACUAGUGUUGCGUUCAUGCAGUCAGUGGUCCAGCUUGGUGGGUGCAGUAGAAGUACUAGAAGAUGAUGGAGCUGUCUUUGAUGUGGCUGUAGAAGGAGGAGUGUUUGGGUUUUUAAGAACUUGUGUUGUUGGAGCUAAUAAUUUCCAUCACGAGGAUUAUUUUGUUCGAAGACUACAUAGUGUUGUAACAGGAUUUAUUGUGAAAAUGCCUUUGAAGGUUAAAGAAUUGCGCAACCACGGAGAUGAAGCAUGCCGUAUUAUUCAGGCUUGCUUACAAGAGGGUCGUGAACCUCCCAUUGAUCUUCCCAGACAUUUUGAAGAUUUUUUGAAACUGAUUGGUGACCUGUAUAGCAAAGAUCCCUCUGAGCUUCACCUGGCAGCUGAUUACUGGUGCCCCCCUGAACCAGUAGCCACACCCUUCUCACAGUACGGCAACAGGACUUCCCCAUUAUACAACCAACGGCUGUCAUCUAAACAAGUCAGUCUGCACAAAUUUGUGCAUCUUGCUGGAGACUUGCUUCCCGCAUCUUUGUUCAUUCCAUAUAUGGAAAUGCUUGUUGGUUUGUCCACUAGCCCACAGGCAGCCCAUCACUGUUUCAACAUGCUCAAGACCACAGCAAAUAACAGUAUUUCUUGGGAUCAUUUUUUUACCUCCAUCAAGCAGUACUACAUGGAUCUUCGCCAAGAUGGAGGUCAUUCAGGUCUUGGUUUUGGAAGUAAAGAAGUGGGUCAAGGCUUUAGAUCUCACAUGGGUAGCAGAGGAAUAACACCAGUUGAACAAGAGGCUUUAAUGGCAGUCCUUCAAGUAACACAAAAGAUUGCUGAACAAGAUGAAACAGCUCGUAUUACCUUGUGUGAGAGUCAAACAUGGCUUCCUGUUGCUUCUCUGUUUGGUCUUCUAAGUUGCACCAUUGACAUCAGAUUGAAAGGUUGCAUUCUAAACACAUUGGCAGCAUUUGCUAAGUCACCAGAAAUCGCUUCUUCAAUGUGGCUUACUCUGGAACUCUCUCAGAUUUUAGUGACUGUAAAACAACCUGGUCAGACAACACAAGACAGGGGUAUUCAGGUUGAACUAAAUGAAAUUGAAGCAAGAAGUGAAACCUACCCAGUGACGCGUGCCUUUCUGCGGCUCAUUAGAGAGCUGACAGAUAUACCUAUCCCAGCAACACUUGGUGCUGGUUACCGUGUGCCAGGGUUUGAACCUUACCUGGCGUACUUGCGUGAUGAUGUAUUCUUGAAAUUCAAUUCAAGAGGUUACCAAGACAGCAAGGAAAAAUGGGAGGUUGCAUGUGGAGUCGUUGAAGUCCUGUUCAAGCUACUUGAUGACUAUGUGCCCCAACCAGGGGAUUUUGUGGAUCAGGUGUUAGGAGUACAAGGAGGAGAGAGACACAUGGCACCCAAAGCACCUGGCUUUACUCUCAUGAUUCACAUGCUGAAUGACACACCAAUGCUCAGAAUGAUGCUGUCUAUCAUUGAUGAUGCUUCAUCAUCACUCGACCUGCUUCAAGCUACAUCAGAUGGUAGAACUGAGCUGGAGAGAACAGCCUUGUUGUGUCUCAGAAUGAUUGAAGUUGCACUGGAAAAACAAGGCCAGUUCAUGGACAUGUUACGCUCUGUCCCUCAAGCCACAUCUGUGAUGUUAAAUGCCCUGGAUCAGCUACUUAUGAGUAUUAACCCAAAAAGCCAGUCUGCCGACUACCUCCUAAAGAUUGCAAGGUACCUGACCAUUCCUCACAUCAGUCCAGAACUCAGUCUUUCAGCCAUCAAGGUGUUGUGCCAAGUGUGUCAAUCUCAGGCUGUCCAAACACACCUGGUAGGAUUACUGACAGCAAACAAGGCCAUGUCUCUUCAGAUUCUCAUUGGUUUUGUUGAACAUCUUGAUAUCAAUGAACCAGAAGAAUCUCUGACUAAAGAUUUACAGGAAAUUGGAGAAGAAUAUCUUGACGAGAAAUCUUACGGUACCUCUCAACUGCGUAACGCCACCCGUCAGAACAUUGUUCGCUUACUGCUGUACUCACUGGACUUUCCCGCACCAAACCUGGCUCAUUUCUUUCUUGGUUAUGAACUGAGACGACCUGUGGCCAAAACUAACCUACAACUGCCAGGAGUUCUAGGUGCACCCAAGACAUGCCUUCACGCCAUCCUGCAGCUCAUCAACAACGGUGUAGAAACACACAGGGGCCCCACGUGCAUCACAGAAGCUCCACGAUUCGCAGAACUGGCCUAUAAACUCAUCUACCACCUUUGUGCCGACAGAGACACGUCAAUGCCAACACUACGAUACUUAAGAACAAGUCACGACUUUCUCCACCAACACCUCCAACACUUGCCAUUCAAUAAACUGGUUGCCAUGGAGAUAGAAGAAGGGUUAGUGCCAGCCUUAAGUGUGAUGAAUCAACAGUCAUGGCUAUUGAAGACGGCCGCUAUUGAGUUAAAGGUGACUGCGCAGAGCCGACAAAGAUCGCAUGCGCAGAGGUUGCUUGCCUUGCUACUGAAUGAGCCAUCAGCUCUUGGAGCACUCACGUCAUCCCUGAUGCCUGAUCUCUCGAGAACUAUGAAUGAGGACACCACUGCCAUGAAUGCCAGCCAGAGUCUUUAUCAGACAAGCCUCUACGGUGCAGAACCAACAACAAAUCCAUUACAGAUGCGUAGAAAGAUUCUUAGUUUAUUGGACUCCGUUGACUUCACUCAUCAAUUCCCAGACGUUCUUCAGCUGAAUUACUUCAAUCAAGGAGUCACUGAAAGAGUGAUUGCUUCGUGUGAACAGAAGUCCGAUGAAACUGGAGUAGUAUACUGUAAUGUUCGUGAUUUGCAUCGCUUGUUGAAUAAUGAGAUCACUAGCGUCCAAGGGGCGGCUACCGCUGGACAGAAGAACUUCCUACUGCAGGAAGUGAAAGAAAUUCUCGAGCACGUGGUUGAACGUAACAUAGUCCGUGAAAAUCUCCAGGGCAAGAAGGAAACAUUUGAAUCAUGGCGGCAGGUGGUGGAAGUUAUCUUGGCAACUUGUUCGCAUGACAUUUUACCACGCGAUACCAAACAAGCUGUGAUAUUGGAAAUCCUGCAGGACCUGUUGAUGAAGAUUGCACAAGAUAACGCGCUAACAGAGCUCACCUCACCUGUAUCUGGGGUUAUUCUUACCCUUAUGACACAUCUUCGCCACAGUACCCUUCCUUGGGAUACCCAGGGAUCUUCUACCUCGAAUCUAAAUGGCACCACACAGGGAUCCCAGUCAAUGAUACUUCGUGGCACCAGUACACCAUCAGGACCUUUGUUUGCGAUACUAAGGGGAAUAAUCGAGGCGGUGCUGAGAUCAGGUGGGGGACUACAACGAGUAAGGGCUAAUCUGUACGCAGCGAUGUUGUACUUCAUGCAGAUGGCUCAAAAACCACAGGGAUCCCAUGCAUCCAAGGGAGUCCUGGAAGGCGUGCUGUCUCAGGCUGGGGAGUCAUGGGAGCUAGGCACUCUGUCGGUGCUGUCGAGUUAUGGUGAACCCUUAAUGGAGGUGAUCUGUAGAGACGCAUGUGAUGGUCAUGAUGUUGGACGGAUGUUAGCGUUCUCGCUGCUUGAUUCCAUCGUCACAAUUGACUGGCAGAAUCGAUGGCUCAACUACUUCAACAUGAAGGGGUUCUUGAGAAACAUUAUCGAGGGACUCCUACAAGAAGACGACAGGCUUCUGGCCAUGUUGGACCCCUCACCCGAACCCUUAAAGGCGCUUUACAUCUACGAAUCCAAAAUGGCCCUUCUAACUUGCAUAGCUCAGACCCAAGAAGGGGCCGAAGUUCUUCUACAAUCAGGCCUGAUGUCGAGGCUCGCAGAGUGCAAUUUCUUGAACCGUCGGCCUGAGUACGAGUCACGUGGGAGCGUCAGUGAUGGAUACUCACGUGAUAGCUUUGUUCCCUCGGUGAUGGAGAGAUAUCGUCAACUGUUGCUUCCGGCUCUUAAGGUUAUGGGUGCUGUACUUACGUCACUGGGUCGUGGACAUCGAGAAGCGUCAAUGAAGGUUCUCGGCGUCGUAGUUGCGCACUCUGAUGUUUUCAUUAGUAUUCUACAUGACAGGCAACCCAUGCAUACCUCUGCUUCCCUGCAAGAAUUAGCCCUAGUAACUUCGAUCAUCUGCAACGCUGGUCUCACAGAAACAAGUCUUCUCGAAGAUGAGUCCUUGUUAGAAGAUGAGAUAAGGUUUCGAGGUCCUUUGGCCAGAAUACAAAGACUAAUGAUGGCUUUACUGCCAAGAUACUGCUCCAAGGACUAUUGGGAUAAGGUUAUCAAGUCUGCUAUGGAACAGAACCUCCAUGGAUUCGAACACGAAACUCCAAGCGUUAAACUCAGCAUCGCUGCUCUGGAGACCGGCGUCAAACUGCAUCAGAUAUGUUCUAGUAUUGUAGCCUACUGCAGGACAGUGGUCAAUGAUGCAGGUUCAUCUGGGCCACAGUACCACGUGGUGUUUGGACCUAGUCUAAUCGACGCAUCUUCCAGAGAAAGCAGACUACGAAGAGACGGCUUCCGUACUCCUCCCGUGCAAUCUCAUCGUCCACCUAGUCUGGGUAUUCUAGUCAACGUGGUCAAGGAAUGUACUGAGAGAGCUUUCAAAGCCGUAGAGACGCAUAAACAAACAAACAUGAAACUAGAAAACAUCCACGAACUAACGAGUGAAGAACUCAAAGAG